AUGGUCUGGAAUGGACCACCACCAAGAUUUGAACCCCAUCAUUCAAAUGCAUUUAAGUGCCCGAGACGGGGCUUGCUUAGUGGGCACGGUGGAUCAUUGAAGGUGUCCCCAAUGAAGGUGUCCUCCUGGUGGGAAAGCCUGGCACGGCUUGGCCUGCUCGCUAUCUUCACGUGGAGCUCCCUGGUCCAGGGGUGCGGGCCAGGCCCUGGGUACGGCAACCGCCCUAGGCCCAGGAAACUCACCCCCAUGCCUUACAAGACCUCCUUCCCCAAACUUUCCGAGAACAACCUAGGUGCCAGCGGGAGGGUGGAGGGCAAGAUCACACGUAACUCUGAACGCUUUAAUGAGCUGGUGUGUAACUACAACACCGAUAUUAUCUUCAAAGAUGAGGAGAAAACCCUUGCUGACCGCUUCAUGACCAAGCGCUGUAAAGACUGCCUCAACAAACUAGCCAUAGCGGUGAUGAACCACUGGCCUGGGACGAAGCUGAGGGUGACAGAGGCCUGGGAUGAGGACGGCCAUCACCCUCCUGACUCUCUUCAUUAUGAGGGACGGGCCGUGGACAUCACCACGUCAGACCGCAUCCCAGACAAGUACGGCAUGCUAGCCCAGCUGGCUGUGGAGGCUGGCUUUGACUUUGUGUACUAUGAGUCCAAGUACCAUGUGCACUGCUCUGUCAAAGCUGAUCACUCUGUGGCGGUGGAGAAAGGGGGCUGUUUCCCAGGCUGGGCCCGGGUGACCUUGGCCGGAGGGGGACAGAAGACCCUGGCCUCCCUGGGGCCUGGAGACAGAGUGUUGGCCCUGUCUGGGUCAGGACACAUCGUCCUCAGCCGCGUCCUUCUAUUCCUACACCAAGACCAUGAGAGCAAGUCCACUUUCCUGGUCCUGGCCACAAAAGAUGGCCGCCGCCUAGCCCUCACUCCCCACCACCUGCUCUUCCUUGCACCCCAUCACAAACUCCACUACAGUGAGUACAAGGCUCAGUUUGCCAGUAGAGCCAAACCGGGGGACUAUGUACUCGUCCAUGGAGCGGACGGCCGAGUACAACCAUCCAGGAUCACAUCUGUAUCGCAGGAGGAAGGGAUGGGUGUAUACGCACCACUUACAGAACACGGCACUCUGUUUGUGGAUGGGGUGCUGGCAUCCAGCUAUGCACUUAUAGAGGACCAUAGACUGGCACACUGGGCAUUUGGGCCUCUGAGACUGCUGCUGUCAUUCACCCAGCUGGUUCGGGGGGAGGGCACACUGGGAGCGCAGGUCACAGAGGCAGAGAGAGAGCACACGAAGAAGCCCACUCACUGCAACACUCAACACAUUUGUGUGAAUCAGACACUCAGCAGCCCAGGCAUGUAUGUGAAUACAAACACUUCAGACAGACAAAGCAGUUGCGCUGCUGUACCCAUAAACAGAGACAUUGAGGGGGGACACUGUGACUCUGUGCGAAAAGAGGUUUUGAGUGUGCACUGGUAUGCUAGGCUGCUACACAGAAUUGGACAGUUCUUUCUAGACCCAAAGACAUUUCAUCAUUAGGUUAAAGGCACUAUAGGCUCAACUCUGGUGCCUGUAUACCACUGAUAAUUGCUACUGUAACAUUUCCAGUGUCCUACAGAUAAUUGCUAUUGUACUGUUACAUUUCCACAGUGUCCUAUAGAUAUUUGCUACUGUACUGUUACAUUUCCACAGUGUCCAAUAGAUAUUUGCUACUGUUACAUUUCCACAGUGUCCUACAGAUAAUUUCUACUGUACUGUUACAUUUCCACAGUGUCCUACACAUAAUUUCUACUGUACUGUUACAUUUCCACAGUGUUACAUUUCCACAGUGUCCUACAGAUAAUUGCUAUUGUACUGUUACAUUUCCACAGUGUCCUAUAGAUAAUUGCUAUUGUACUGUUACAUUUCCACAGUGUCCUACAGAUAAUUGCUACUGUUACAUUUCCACAGUGUCCUACAGAUAAUCGCUACUGUUACAUUUCCACAGUGUCCUACAGAUAAUCGCUACUGUUACAUUUCCACAGUGUCCUACAGAUAAUCGCUACUGUUACAUUUCCACAGUGUCCUACAGAUAAUCGCUACUGUUACAUUUCCAGUGGCCUACAGGUAAUUGCUACUGUUACAUUUCCACUUAUGCUCUUAUUUUUCUACUGCCCUGUCUUUUACUAAAAUGUUAAACCUUAUGCACCCCGAAAGAGUAUAUUUGCAUUUUACUCACCGGUAAUUGCAUUGUAAUGUAUUAACAUUGUAUUUCCUCUUUUACACUCAGUAAAUGUGUUGAUGGUUGGUUUGGGUGCAUGUAGAGACUAUGUCUUCAAAGAUGAUGCGUUCUAGAAGGCUUUUAUACAGGUUCAUUCCUGAGAGAAAUGGACACCAUAAUAACGGAAUCAGCAUGUGUAUUGUCAAGAAUCCAUUGUAUAUGUGUAUUGUCAAGAAUCCAUUGUAUAUGUGUAUUGUCAAGAAUCCAUUGUAUAUGUGUAUUGUCAAGAAUCCAUUGUACAUGUGAAUUGUCAAGAAUCAUUAUAUAUGUGUAUUGUCAAGAAUCCAUUGUAUAUGUGUAUUGUCAAGAAUCCAUUGUAUAUGUGUAUUGUCAAGAAUCCAUUGUAUAUGUGUAUUGUCAAGAAUCCAUUGUAUAUGUGUAUUGUCAAGAAUCCACUGUAUAUGUGUCUUAUUUAGAUAACAUCUACAGUAUAAACCAACAUAAAAUGUGCAUUUCCUAUAUGCUUUAUUAUUCUAAAACAAUGAGGAAAUAUGAGUAUGUGCCAGAACAAAUAAAAGCUUUAUUUUUGUACCUUCUGAAUCAUAAUAUAUAAAUGUAGCAAUUUAUUGUAAUUAUUAUAACUAUGGCCUCAUUUGUUAUGUUGUCUUUUAAAGGUGUAAUUAAACAAAUAAUAAUACAU